AUGUUCUUGUCGGUUUUUCGAAUAAUCUUCCUGCCAGGAAUGGAGAAUCGACGUGUGUUCAACCAGAGGAGUGUGAUCGGUUGCAUCGGCAGCAAAAAGAAAAAAUCUUUUCGACUUUUGAUGUUUCAUGUGUGUGUCUUUUUCAUCGUCGGUCUCUCACGCUCUUCGUACUUAACGGCAGCCGUCUCGACGCGAGUGCACACACACUUUUUCACUCAUUUCCUCUGGCGCUCAGGCACAGGCACAGAAAAAGAAGAGAGAAACGGCGGCCGUUUGGUGGUCGUCCUCAACGUUGUCGGGCGUCCUAGCGGCCGUCUCGCGCCGCGCAACGCGAGUAUUUUUUUUUUCUCUUUCUAGUUGGCCUUGCAGCAAUGGGCAGCCCUUUCGUUUCGUUCUUCAUUGCAGGCGUUUCGUUGCCUCUGCCGCGCUUCUCCCCUUUUUCCAUUGCCCACUCUCUCAUCGCUCUUUCAAAUGAACUGUCAACGCAACCUCUUUUAUCAUUUUCGCGAAUCGAUGCUUCGGUGGCGCUGUUUCACUCUCCGAUUCUGGCUUUACAUCUGUCGUUGCUGAUAAUUUUUGAUGCACUAUGA